AGCACCGUAUACCGUCCGGUCUCCCAAUUCCGUCCGACAAAGAAAUUGCGCUCUAUACCUCAGAGUUUCGUCGCAAUCAGACGGCCGAGUAGAAUUUUUGAUAGGUUAUAUCCCCACUCAUUCUACUUUUAGCACGCAGACAUUUUACGUUUACUGUUGUCAGUGCGAUUCAGUUCAUUGCAAGUGCAUGUCUUGUUUUAAGCUAUACUGAUUCCAAAAAAACAUAAAGUUUUUUAUUAUCUGCAACUAUGGUAUACAAAAAGCGGAUGAAGUAUCCCCGAGAGAAUAUCCAAAAAGCUAUAGAAGAUAUUAAUUUGAAACGUUUAAGUAUUCGACAAGCCUCCAAAAUAUACAAUGUGCCUAAAAGUACUUUGUUAGAUACUAUGAAAGAAAAGUACAAAACUCCGGGCAAUAUUGGAGGGCCAACAGUUUUGUCCAGUUCCGAAGAAGACUUGAUUAUAAAAUGGAUAAUCGAAAUGGGUAACGUGGGAUUCCCGGUAACAAGAUCUCAACUUGUUGAUUCUGUUUCAAAACUAAUUCAAAAUUUGAAACGAAAAACCCCAUUUAAAAAUUACAUACCUGGUAAAAAAUGGUACAAUGGUUUUCUCGCUCGUCAUCCAGAAAUUUCAAAACGUGUUCCACAAUCACUAUCUUCUUGUAGAGCCGCAGUUACGGAACAAAAUAUAAGAAAUUGGUUUACCCAAGUUCGGGAUUAUAUGACAAAAAUGAAUUUUUUACACAUUCUUGAAAACCCCAAGAGAAUAUUCAAUUGUGAUGAAAGUGGUUUCUAUUUAUCCCCUCAAGAAAAACAAGUGUUGGUUAGAAAAGGUGCAAAAAAGGUAUACAGUCGCAUAGCUAAUGACGAAAAAGAAUGUCUUACAGUUUUGCUAACUGUUGGAGCUGAUGGUUCUGUACCUCCGCCAUUAGUUUUGUAUCCCUACAAACGGUAUGUGUCAGCUGCAAUAAUAACGAACAUGCCAAACCAGUGGGGAGUUGGGCACUCUGAAUCUGGUUGGAUGACAAGUGAGACAUUUUAUGAAUACGUUACAAAUGUAUUUUUUCCCUGGUUGGAAAAGAACAGUGUUCCACUCCCAGUGAUAUUGUUUCUGGAUGGACACUCUUCCCACAUCAAUCUGCCUAUUACUGAAUUCUGCAAAGAAAAAGGUAUUAUUUUAACAGCAUUUUACCCCAACGCAACUCACCGAUUACAGCCGUUAGAUGUUGGUGUUUUUUAUCCCAUUAAAAAUAACUGGCGAAAAGAUGUUCGAUCUUGGCGUAUGGAGAAUAACGGAAGAAAACUUCAACGGGCUGAGUUUGCAAAACUCUUAGACAAAACUUUGAAGGCUACAGUCUGUACAUCGAUAAUAAAAAGUGCAUUUGAAUCAUGUGGACUCUUUCCGUUUAACGAAAAUCGCAUUGAUUAUUCAAAAUUAAUAAAACCAAUAGAACAAAAAGAUUCUGAUGAUAAAAUAACUGAAUCAACAUCCACUACAACUGUUAAUGUUUAUGAUUCUAAACUACUUCGAGAGGUAGAGAUACGUUUAAAGCCAGAGGUUGUUAACCGUUUUAGGAUUGCUGAAUCAGCGGCCCAACUAGAAGAAAAAUAUGUAGCAUUGUAUGAUUUCUGGAAGAGUCUUCAUCCACAAAAUGUCGAUCAUGAUAAAACUUUGGAAAACAAUUUGCCAAUUAAUGCUGCUAACGAGACCAUUGUUGACAUACACUUCGAUGAAAACUUUUGGUUUUGCAAUAAUGAUACAAUUGAAGCUACAGUCAAAGCAGAUGGAGCAUUGGUCUUAAUUCCUUCACAGAAUAGCAAUUCUAGUUCGCCAAAACCUGGUCCAUCAGCAUCCAAGAACAAUGAUUGUGAGAAUAUAGACUAUUAUUUAGCAGUAAGUUCACCCCAAGAAAAAACACCACCUAAGAACAAAAUAGUAAACACAACUCCUUGUAAUAGCCCAUUAAAAGAUGAUUCAAUAGGUAUAGUUUAUUCUGAUCAAAAAAGACAAGUACAAAAUCAAGAAAAAACCCCACUUAAGCAAAUUACAACAACAUCAGAGAAUAAUAGUAAAUAUCCAACACCUUUCAAAAAAGCACUAUUUUGGCCGGAAAGUUCUGCAAAGAAAAAAAAUAAUAGCACAGAAGACACCAAGGAAAGGAAAAAACCAAAGAUUUAUCCUACAGUAGCUAUAAGUGAUGAAUUUAUGGAACAUCAACGAAGACUCAAAAAAGAAAAAGAGGAAAAAGAAAAUGAGAAAUGUGAACGAAUCCGAAAGAGGAAAGCAAAAACAGAGAUUCAACAAGCAAAAAAGAAAAAGUGUCCUCCAAAACACACACCAGGCAUAGAUACUGGUAAUAAUAAUACGGAAAACAUAAAUAAAAAGAAUAUAGAAAUAUAUUCAAAGGACGAUUUUGUGUUGGUUCAGUACGACAGUGAAUAUUUCCCUGGUGUAGUUCUGGAACGAAGCAAUGAUACUUUGAGAGUUAAAAGUAUGACUAUGAAUGGAAAGUACUGGAAAUGGCCAGAUAGAGAUGACAUUUUAAAUUAUGACUUUGAUGAUGUAGUUUGUAAGAUUGCGAGACCUUCACUCAUAAAUAAACGCGGCGCCUAUGAAGUUCCAGAAAUUGAAAACCUAAAAAAAUGAAGUCUUUUUUUUUUAUUAUUUAAUUCAUUUGCAGUCAUUAAGUUCGUUUCAAAACUUUGUACUUAAAUAAAACUUAUUUUUAAAUUAUUUGUUUUGUUUUUUGGCCAUUUUUUUGCAAAUUUAUUUAAAAAUUAUUCAUAAUGGGUUUUUUUGUCAUAACUAAAUAAAUAGGACGGAUAACGGUACUCUUGUGGACGGAAUUGGGAAAAAAUCAUUAAUGUGGACGGAAAACGGCUAUUUGCGAAAUUUUUGCAUUUGGUUUCUUAAAUAAGCAAUUUUGUUGAAAUGACUACUGUUAUUAUUAUAAAUUUGGCUCUAGUAAGAAUUAAUAAUGCAUAAUAGCUUAUAGACAGAAUUACUUUAAAUUUCAAUGAUUCGGAAUUGAUCUUUCAAACAAUUUUAUAUAUACCACUUAUAACCGGUCGGAAUUCGGUGCUCUUACGUUAUUAAUA